AUGCAAACCAUUGAUUUUAAUUUACAUUCGAGUGAGGGCUUCGGCGUAGCGGAGAAGAUCGUGCUGCUCACCUUCAUCUCCGCCGUUAUACUGAUGGCCAUCCUGGGGAACCUGCUGGUCAUGGUGGCUGUGUGCCGGGACAGGCAGUGCAGGAAAAUCAAGACCAACUAUUUCAUCGUGUCCCUUGCCUUUGCGGACCUGCUGGUUUCUGUGCUGGUGAUGCCGUUCGGAGCCAUUGAAUUGGUUCAGGACAACUGGAUCUACGGCGAGAUGUUCUGCCUGGUCCGAACGUCCCUCGAUGUCCUGCUCACCACAGCGUCCAUCCUGCACCUGUGCUGCAUCUCGCUGGACAGGUACUAUGCUAUCUGCUGCCAGCCUCUGGUUUACAGGAACAAGAUGACUCCGUUGCGCAUCGCUGUAAUGCUUGGAGGGUGCUGGGUAAUCCCGACCUUUAUUUCUUUCCUCCCUAUCAUGCAAGGCUGGAAUAGCAUUGGCAUCAUUGAUCUGAUUCAGCAAAGGCAGUUCAACAAGGCUUCCAACUCCACUUACUGCAUAUUCAUGGUCAACAAGCCAUACGCCAUUACCUGCUCCGUGGUGGCCUUCUACAUUCUGAUGGUGCUGGCCUACUACCGCAUCUAUGUCACGGCCAGGGAGCCCGCCCGCCAGAUCCAGGUGCUGCAGCGCGCGGGGACCCCCGCCGACGGCCGGCAGCACCACCCGGACCAGCACAGCACCCACCGCAUGAAGACUGAGACCAAAGCUGCCAAGACCCUGUGCAUCAUCAUGGGGUGCUUCUGCCUGUGCUGGGCCCCCUUCUUUGUCACAAACAUAGUGGACCCUUUCAUAAACUACACAGUGCCGGGAAAGCUGUGGACGGCUUUCCUGUGGCUGGGCUACAUCAAUUCAGGGUUGAACCCUUUCCUCUACGCCUUCCUGAACAAGUCUUUCAGACGUGCCUUCCUUAUCAUCCUCUGCUGUGGUGAUGAGCGAUACCGAAGGCCUUCCAUCCUGGGGCAGACGGUCCCCUGUUCCACCACCACAAUAAAUGGAUCGACUCAUGUACUAAG